GAGCCGCAAAGAAUACCAUCCCCUCCACCAGCCUUCUACCAUGCUUUGUGCCAUCUCCGGAGAAGCACCGCAGGUGCCCGUUGUUUCUACAAAAAGUGGCAACGUCUUUGAAAAGAGACUCAUUGAAGCAUACAUCGCCGAAAAUGGAAAAGAUCCCGUCACAGGCGAAGACCUUUCUACAGACGAUUUAGUCGAGUUGAAGACGGCUCGUGUUGUUCGACCUCGCCCUCCUACACUCACCUCGAUUCCCUCGCUUCUCGGCGUCUUUCAAGAAGAAUGGGAUGCUCUGGCUUUGGAAACAUAUACUUUGCGCCAGGCUUUGGUUCAGACCCGGCAAGAACUCAGCACAGCGCUAUACCAGCACGAUGCCGCAGUACGAGUGAUUGCGCGAUUAACAAAAGAGAGAGAUGAGGCUCGCGAGACUCUUUCCAAGAUAUCAGUGGGAUCUGCGCGUGCUCCUGCAGGCGGUGAUGCUAUGCAGGUCGAUAGUGCAAAAAUACCUGACUCUGUGGUUGCUAGGAUCGAAGAAACACAAGCCAAACUAUCCAAAUCCAGAAUCAAGCGUCCAAUCCCAGAAGGCUGGGCAACGAGCGAAGCAAUUCAGUCAUACAAGCCAGCAGUGAGUUCCGAGCCUCUAUAUCCUGGGGGCAAAUCACUCUCGGUAGACUCGACUGGUGAUUUGGCUCUGGUUGGCGGUGUUGAUGGCAUUGCUGGUGUCUAUUCGAUUUCGAAACAGCAGAUUGUUCAGACUUUGAAAGUUGGUAGUCCGAUAACUGAUGCCGUUUUUGCGGGCUCCACAGCUGUCGUUGCUUCUGCAUCCGGAUCAGUCAAGUUCUUCAACAAUGGAACUGAAACCGCUAGCUUUGAUUCUCAUGCUGGAGAGGCGACUGCAGUUGUUGUGCAUCCAACCGGAGACAUCGUUGCAUCGGUUGGCGCCGACAAGAGCUAUGUCUUGUACGAUCUAGCAACGUCGUCCGUUAUUACUCAGAUUUAUGGCAAUGCUAGUAAGUACUGCCUGCUGAGUCUUUCGGUUUGCGCAAAACAACUUACUAAUGUCUUUCUAGGCCUAUUGUCUGCCAAAUUCCAUCCUGACGGACACUUACUCGCCGUCGGUGGUACGGACGGACAAAUCCAAGUAUAUGAUGUGAAGUCGGGGGUUGUUGCUGCUAAUUUCCCCAUGCAGGCACCAGUCAUAAACCUCGAGUUUUCCGAGAACGGAUACUUCAUGGCUGCAGUGACAGAGAACUCUACAGACAUCUCGAUUUGGGACUUGCGAAAGUCUAAGCUACACAAAGUGCUUGAGACCGGAACCAAGAUCACCACUCUUGCCUGGGACUACACUGGACAAUUCCUAUUAAGCGGCGGACCCAACGGUAUUACCAUUCAGCAAUAUACCAAAUCUACAAAGGAAUGGUCAGAGCCUCUACGGAGCGCUGUACCAGCCGUAGGCGUCGCAUGGGGACCAUUGGCUCAGAGUGUCCUAACGAUCAAUACGGAAGGCGUUCUUAAUGUGUUGAACCAGUCAUGAUACCUUAUUUUUGAAUUGUCUGGGUGAAUGUACUUUUAGUCUUUUUUCAUGGAUGCUCAAUUCUUGAAGAAUACAAGUAAGAAGGCUGGAAUCAAGAUAUUUGUGUGAUGGUAUGCAUUCUGCAAGGAAUAUAUAUCCCAAUAGCCUCCGAAGAAAUAGAUAUUUGUCGCAAAC